AGACUGGUGAAGUCUCCCUCGCUCCUAAUAAGGCUUGUUCACACACAGGUUACUGUGUCGUGAUUUAUAGUAUCCAGUGUGAAAAUUGUGCUUGUUUGUGUUGAGGUUUGUGUUUAUAUGGCUGCACGCUGUAAUACUUGGGUGCACCCAGUGACACUUUGUCAGGACAAGCCUGCAGGCAGGAAAGGCUUAGCACUGUAACCACAGCUGCCAUUCAGCAAGGUUUUUAAAGUUUUCACGUGAUCUCCUGUGGUGUAAGACAGCAGUCUGAAAGUCUUGGGUAAAAAACACCCACUCUUUCAGCAGCUUAGAUGUUAAUCACUGCUUGCUGUCCAUGUUGUACUCUUUCAGUGUCUCUCUAGGAAUAUAGAGCUUGUGCUACAAAGAAAUCAGCCUAAUCCAACAAAAAGUGGUUGGUUUCUUUAAGGACUUGAUGAUGCAUACAGAAGCAUGUGUACAUAUGCAUGCUUGUCACCUACAGAAUUAAAGAAGGGUUGUCACUUGUGCAAUUCUUGUUUAGACAGAUUGAAGUGGAAGUAGUGUAAAAUGAGUCUUCCUGUGGGGAAGAUGCGUCUUUGGAAAAUCAUGAUCUUAAAGGAGAGUUUGUAACAUUCACAAGUCCUAUCCAUACUGAUUCUUUUUUUUUUUUUUUUUUUUUUUGUAGGAGCUGUUUAUCCUGGCUUUUGCCAGUAGCAGCCAGUCACUACAGUUGCUAAGUAGUCAGUAGCCUCAGCAUUUUUGCUUCCUCAAGGCCAACCUUUCUGGGAGAGCUGGAUUUUUGGUAGGCUGCUGUACAAAGAAUUGGCUGGGUCAUGGAGACAGUUCUAUGGGAAGCCAGAGGAACAAAACGGGUGCAGGGGAGCUGUGGGAAGUUGAAGGGACUAAAGACUAACAAAGGAACAGGAAUAGUUUGGUGAAGGACAAUAGAGGAAGAAAUAGGAAGUGAAACAGUAGAGACAAACAGGAAGAACAGUGCCAGGAGGGCUGGUCCCUGAAACAGCUGCAUGACGGGAGAAGCCUCUGUUUGGAAAGAGCCAUCUCAGGCCUGGUCUUGUCUGCAGAUCUUUUUCACACAGUAGUGAUCACAGCAUGUUUCCUCUUUAAACCUGCAACUGGAGUCUUGGUUCAGUUAAGACACAGAACAACUAGUGAAGGAAGAGAGAGUGAGGCAUGGGAUGACUUGGAGACAGAACCAUUCGGGACCUGAAGAUCAGAUAGCACUUGUGAUGCUGUUCCCAACCUUUGGAUAAAAGGAAGACUCAUGCCAGUGAAUCUCGGACACAUUUUCUGAACUGUUAUUAGCAUGUGCCUUUUGGAAGGAGUUUGAAUACCUCAUUCUGUUGAAGGGUAUGUUAUAAUUUUGAGUUUAUAAAGGUAGAUAGGUUGAAAUCAAUGAAGGUAGUUUUAAUUGCAAAAUUUGAAUACAUUUCUGCUCUCCUAACUCUCUCUCUUCAUAAUGCUUGAGUUCGAGCUUCAGACGUGGACAGAGAGGUUUGGUAGCUGACUAUUCAUAUGUUUGCUGCUGCAAGGAGAAUACUGGUGACCAGCAAAUCACACUGUGAACUUUACCAUUGAAGGCAGAGUUCUAUGCAUAAAGAGGGUGAAAAUGCCAAAAGUUAAAUAUUACUUAAAUUAUUUUGUGAACAGGAAAGUAUGUUUCAAAGGGAUGUUUAUCCUUUCGGUUUCCUGUAUUCAUCGAGUACUGCUACUGAAUUUGGUACUGAUAUUUGACUUGUUAAAAGUAGGCUGGGUAAGCUGGAGCUGUACUUUGGAGAAUGGAGCUAGGAUGUGGAAGAUCUAGUGACACAGCAGGAUAGUGGGACUGAGAUAUCUUUAAAUGGGAAGAUGUAAUUGAUUCAUGCCUCCCCACCAUCUUUUAAUUGGGAUUUAUAAGUAAUCAUAAUGUACUGAGCUGUGCCAUAUACCAGGAGUUCCUGGCUGUGCUGCUUAGUGUGUCCCCUUAAAACAAAAGCAAACCUGGUUGCUUCUGUGGUUUGUUUACAGUUUUUUCCUACAACCACUGUAAUCAUUUCCUGAAACCGGAACAGUGGUAAGUGGAGAAAGAAACUGCUGCAUAAUGAUCACAGCUUAUUGCUUUGAUAUAACUAACUUAUUGUAAGUCAUGUGACAAUACAGGCCAUAGUACAAAAGCAAGUACUUUUCCUGGAACUUCAGAGACUAUGGUUGUCUUUCACUUUUUUCAGAGUUAUUUCAGCAGUCCUCCAGCCUGUCCUCCAAUGUAAGUGUAGUAAAAUUAUUAUUAUUUAUGGUGUAAAAGAAACAGUUUGCUUGUUUUAUCAGUUGUGUCUUUAUUUUAGUGAAGUGGAAGAAGACACCACAGCUAAACAUUGUCUUAGUGUGCUCCUGUAUUUACAGACAGGCUUAAACACUGUGUAGAUGGCACAUCUAUACUAAUUGCAAAAAUUUUGCAGAUCCAAAUCCUGACGUGAAAUGAGUACAGACUUCCGCAAACUUCUUUUUGAUGUUUCUGAGGCUUUGGCCACAGAUGAACUGGGGGCUCUGAAGUUUCUCAGCUUGGAGCAUGUCCCUGUGAGGAAACAAGAAGCUAUUGAGGAGCCCAAGGCUUUCUUUGAAGUUCUUCAGGAGAAAGACAUGAUCAAAGUGGGGGACCUGUCCUUCUUGAAGGAGCUGCUCUACCGGAUCAAUCGGAUAGACCUCCUGGCUGGCCAGCUGGGCUCCAGCCGAGAGGAGAUGGAGAGGGAGCUUCAGAUCCCAGGCAGGGCAAAGGUGUCAACGUACAGACAGUUGCUAUAUGGAAUUGCAGAGGACUUAACUCCAGAAGAUGUCAACAGCGUGAAAUUCCUGCUGCAAAAACAGAUACCAAAGAACAAGCUCCAGGAUAAUGCUUCAAUGUUGAAUGUCUUAGUGGAAAUGGAAAGAAAUGGAAUAAUUAAAGAAGAUGACCUGAGAAUUCUGAAGGAUAUAUUAAAGGGAUUUAGAGCUGACCUAAAAAAAAGAAUUGAUAUCUAUGAAGAAAAAACAAAAGAAAAUGGUUCUAAGGAAAAACUCAGCUAUCCAAUCUGUGUGUCUCUGCAUCCAGCAGGACAAGGAGCAGAGGGUGGGACACCACACCUGCUUGUGGAAUCAUACAAGAUGGAAAAUAACCCCCAUGGCUACUGUGUGAUUCUUAAUAACCACAAUUUUAAAAAUCCAUGUGAAAGCAGAGAAGGAACAAUAGAAGAUGGAAAGGCUCUGAAGAGGGUCUUCAAGUGGCUUCAGUUUGAGACAGUUGAGCACAUGGAUCUAGAAGCAAAAGAAAUAUAUGAGACAGUUAAAGAAUACAGCAAAAAAGACCAUAGCAACAUGGACUGUUUUGUUUGCUUCAUUCUUUCACAUGGUGAAAAAGACAAAAUAAAAGGCACUGAUCAUGAGUUCGUAAAUAUUAAAGAUUUACUCACCUGCUUCAGUGGAUCUAAUUGUCCUUCGCUUGCUGGCAAACCCAAGCUGUUUUUCAUCCAGGCUUGCCAAGGCUCUGUAGGUCAUCCAGCUGUCACAGUAAAAGAAGACUGUUCUGGCCAUCUCGAGAUGGAUGCUAUCCCUCUGCCUUCCAUUCCUGACCAGGCUGAUGUUCUGGUUGGCAUGGCUACUGUGGAAGACUUUGAGUGCUACCGCUGUAUAAAGACUGGCAGUGUUUACAUUCAAUGCCUCUGUGACAAGAUGAAGUUACUCUGCCCACUCCGCAAGGAUAUCGUAACCAUCCUGACAGAAGUGAACAAGGAAGUGGGAAGAAAAGUAUUAAAUGGAUGGAAGCAGAUGCCAAAGAUAACAUCAACCCUGCGGAAGCAGUUUAUCUUCCAGAUUCCACAGUGCCAGUCAACAGAAAAAUAAGAAUAUACUCGGUUAAGAAUAACUUCUGGAAUGGGCUUCCACAGGAAAUUCAAGAGAAGUUGCAACAGAAAUUGUCUAGAUCUGUGUAGUUAGUCCCAGUCCUGCAAGGGGCCGUAUGACCCAAAUUUUUCAAAUCCCAUGUUUAAUGAAUCUUCUGGAACUUGGAUCACUAGCAGUCUGCUCAGGCAGUGGAGUUUGGAUCGCUUCAGCCCUGCUUUCAACUGAGAAAGCAUUUCCAAGCAGUAUGAUUUUUAAGUGUUAUGGGAAUUGCCAAUAGAACUACCAUAGAAUCAUAGGUUCAUAGAAUCAUUAAGGUUGGAAAAGACCUUCAAGAUCAUCUGGUCCAACCAUCACCCUACUACCAAUGUCACCCACUAAACCAUGUCCCUAAGCACCAGGUCCAACCCUUUCCUUGAACACCCCCAGGGACGGUGAUGCCACCACUUCCCGGGGCAACCUGUUCCAAUGCCUGACUACCCUUUCUGAGAAGAAACGUCUCCUAAUUUCUAACCUAAAUUUCUAACCUAUUGUUUCUGUCUCUGUUGUUAAAAGAGAGUAAGACCUUGAAAUCCAGAUAUAUUCAGAGCAUCAGAUCCGUUCUCAGAGACCUUGUGUGAAGUUGUAACUGUAUCAUGCAAGGAAGUACCCAGAAGUGAGUAAUUGCCUAACUCUGGAAACUGCAUAGUUCUUCACAGAAAAUAAUGUCCCUGUCCAGAAGGACCAAAAAAAAAAGAUGAUGAUACAAGUCUGAUUGUUUUCCUCCAAGUAUUUUGUUUUGCUUUAUGUUACUAAUUUACUUGGCUGAACAGCACUGCUGGUUAGGAUUUUUAAUAGUAAGGAUUCUAACUGUGUUACUUCACAGAGCACUUAGGGAGCAGUCUGUUUUGGAGGGCUGAUGACUACUGGAAGGAAGGUGCCACUCCAUUAGAUGCACAGUUCUGAGAUGCUGUCCCCUCCUGGCAACUGUACCUCCUGUGGGCUCUUAAUCUCUGUUGGAAUAAAUACUGAUGGUUGUCACAUCA